UGUGGUCGGCCGGGCUUGGGUUUCCUGCCGCCAUUGAGUUUGUUGGACGCGAACUUUAUUCAGUCGUCGGUCGUCAAGUCGCAUGUGUGGGUACCGGGUACUGAUCGACGGGCGCUGUCCUGGUGUUUGAGGACGAUUUUGCACAAGGCUGAGUAGUGUGGGUUUAUUCCAAGCGGGAGCAGGGCUUCUCCAGACUUCCUGUACCGUGUGUUGACGUCUGGUUGCCGGGUGACCAGGCGGCCGCGGCACAGUCCUAGUCCUGUACCUUCUUAUCCAAGGCACGACAUUUGACAAGCGGGGAUACAUUGACGCUGUCAGAGAAUUUAGAAAGAGCGUCGCUGAAGAUGAUAAACAUGGACUCGGUGUGGCUGAAGUACUACGAGGUGCUGUGCCAGCGGAUGAACAUGUUUGACGAGUAUCACAAGUUCUUCCGCCUGCUGGUCGGCGGGGAGGUCAUCACCACCUGGGAGGAGGCCAGAGUUAGGUUUAACUCCAACCGAAAGCACCGGUCGCGGAUCGAGGCUAACCGGGUGCUGUUGAAGUUGAUCCGCGGGCGGUGGGAGUACGCCUUCCCCGUGCUCUGCAGGAGCCUCAAGGUCGGCUCCAACCAGGGCUACCUGGCAGAGAUGAUGAGGAGAAACCUCCACACAGACUUGUUAGAGGUGUACGAGUUUCUGGCAGCCAAUAUUGAGAUGUACUACUGGACGGCCCUCAUGAAGCAGCUGGGACUGUCCAAGGAUCUGAUCGAGCGCGCCAAGCGGGAGAACGCUCUGCCAGAGGACAAGAUCGUCCAUUCCCUGUUGCUGUGGCAGCGCGUCAAGAGACGUAAGAGCCCCCGUCAGCUCAUCAAGAAACUGGACGCCGCCCUGAGGACUGUGGGCUGUCUGGACCUGGCCGAUCAACUGCUGGAGUUCGAGCAUUUCCUGGGCGUGUUCGGGAUGAACACGUGGACGGAGAAGGUGAUGACGGACGUCCCGAUGGACAACAUCUACACGCCGCGGGGUCCGUCCCGGGCCGCUCAGUCCGCCGGCGCCGUCAGCCAACAGGAGGACAAGCAGGAGGACGAGCAGAAGCGGCCUGACAGUGCAGCAUCGUCCACACACAACAGCACCUUCGACAAGUUCAUCGCCAUCAGGGGGACCCAUCCCACGCGGCGCUUCAAGCACAGCUCCCGCAACCCCAGGGACUGCGUCACCAUCUACGAUAGCCCGAUGAGUUUCCUGCGGGGCGUGGCCUCCCGUGCGUCCGUCCGGUCCGCGCUGUCCUGGGACGCCAUGUACGUGCACGACCUGACCCCUCGGGAGACCACCCCGGCCCCGUCCCCCCGCACGCCCAAGACGCCCUGGCUGCCUCCCAUCAUCAACGAUGCCGCCGUCUCGCCCACCAAGAGAACCGCGCGAGCGGUGACGUUCGGCGGGGAGCAGACGCCCAUGGAGCCGGAGAGACCAGUCAGCACGACGGGUUCGGACAAGGAGAACAUGGACGUCACGAGCUAAGGAACUAACUACGCUAUGGAGAUCACUAACAACAAGGUCACACUGGAGACAGAACUCUGGUAGCAACGCGAGAGAAAAAUCCAAGAUUGGACUUAUUAAUUGUUACAGUACAUAUAGUAAUAGGUAAGGCCUUAUUAAGGUGAGAUGACGUCAAGCGUCCUCGGCGCUUCGUAACUUACUGAGGCCUAGGAAAAUCAAUGUUGUGUUUCCGGUUUCAGCCCUGGAAAACAUAGGGUCAUUUGGUAGGAAUUUUCUUAACCCAUUCUUUAUGUUAAAUUUUGGCUAAAAUGAUCCAACAAAUGCAGUUUCACAAGGCAUUGCGACUGCCUCUUGGAGCAGAUCACCUGUUUGCUUGUGGAUAAAUAUUUCACCCGAUUUACUGAAUGAAAAUUGUUUCUAAAAACGCAUGCGUUAGAUGGCGUUUCAGAAUUCAGAGAGUUUGAAAUUCAGAUAUCAGAUCCAAAAUUGUAUAGCCUUACCAGCGGUUUAUCAAAAAAAAGUUAGGGUCGGUGGGUUUUUUGCUAGGGUCGGUCGGGAAACCGGAAACACAACAUUUUUCUAGGCCUGAGAGGUUUCAUUUUGUUACGAUUGAAUUUAUAAGUUGUGGGACAGUAGUAAGUCCUUUAACAUUUUGCCUGGAGUGGUCUCUUUUAUUGAAUAUAUAUGAGAAACCACAGUUCAUGUUACAGCUAAUAGCUCAUUUCUGUUGUAAUCAUAAGAGAUUUCCCUCUUCUUGUACCACUCGUAGAAAACUGUGGUUAUUUUUACUGGAAAGGUGUGGGGAGGAAAAGCAUGGUGAUUUUAGGACAUAACAUCAGUAGUGGCACUACGUAUGAGCCAUAUGUCACCCAUGAGCUAUGUGUGAGCCAUGAGCCAUGUGUGAGCCACAACUUUGAUGUACACCAAAUCAGAAAAGUGUAAAUAAAAUAUUUUGUACAUCAAGUAGGUGUAUACAGUGUCUAGGAAACUAGUUACUAGCGUCACGUUGAAACGAGCGAGUUUUAGAGAAAUUAUAUUGCUUUGCAGGAUACUUUGGAUAAUUUAGUAUUAUCGAUAUAUUAGAUUAUCUUGAUUAUUAAUACAUUGUACUACAAUUGCACAUCAAUACGCGUGCCGCUGCUUUGUUAUUUCUUUGGAUGUUGAACGCUUGUAAUUCACAGCACAAAUACUUCAGUAUCACGGAGGGAACUAUUGUUGUCAUGUCAAGUUUCCAAAAUAUAGCGGUGUUUACAUUGUGGUACAGUACAUACAAAACAGUGUGUACAUUAGAUCGUUUAUAUGGGAUUGUAACUCUGGUGACAAUACAAUGUGGGGACAAAAAACACGUGCCUGGAUUGGAUAUUCAAGAUGGCUACAAAUGGAGCUUUGCAGGCAAUUCUAUUGCUUUAUUUCUUGAAAACUACGAGAAUAAACCUUUAUUUUGAAU